AUGUCCAGAGUGGUCAAUUACGACGGCGUUAAAGCCGGCUGUAUUUACAGGAUAGCCCUUGAAAACUUUGUAACUUACAGGAGAGUUCAACUAUUUCCUGGUCUAUCUUUAAAUCUUAUCAUAGGUCCUAAUGGGACUGGAAAAUCAACAUUUGUGUGCGCUAUCAUACUAGGGCUUUGUGGCAAACCCAGUGUAAUUGGCAGAUCUAAGAAAAUUUCAGACUAUGUAAGAACUGGUUGCUCAAAUUCAACCAUAGAGAUUGAGCUGUACAGAGACCGUGGACAGAGGAAUGUGAUCAUUACAAGGAACUUCAACCUUCUUGAUGUGUCCACUUGGUCCAUUGAUCAUAAGACUGUCAGGGAGAAACAAGUUCAAGAGAUUAUAGCAUCUAUGAACAUUCAGGUGGAUAAUCUAUGCCAGCUUCUACCACAAGAUCGUGUGCAAGACUUUACUAAAAUGGACAAUCAUGAGAUUCUAAGGAGUACAUUGUCCGCAGUGGGAGGUCAGGAGAGUGUUCAAAUGUUGAAUGAGUUGAUAGAGUGUCGGACAUUACAAAGAAGAAAUGUCACGACAUUACAGAGUAAUGCUCAGGUGAUUGAAGAACAGAAAAGACUAAAUGAGAGAUUAAAAGUAGUCAUCGACGCAAUGAAACAACGGAAGGAGAUUGAGAAACAGAUUGAGAUUUGUGAGAAAAAGAAAUUGUUUCUGGAAUACCAAGAGCUGAGAGAAAAAUAUGUUGAGUACUGUAACGACAAGAAAGAAGCCGUGAAAGUAGUGAAAACACACCAACAGCAACUAGAGCCAUUAAAAAGAGUUAUGGAUACAGCUAAAGUAGAAAUUAGUAAGUUGGAAAAGGAAACAUUGGAUAAAAACAGAAAAAUCUACAGUUACAAAGAGUCUGCCAAGGAGAUAUUGACCACAAUUCGUACACAAGAGUUCCAUCUGAAGGAAAUCGAGAGUUCAUUUCAAGAGAAGAUGGAGAGACAUAGAAAUAAAGAGAGAGAACUACAAGAGGCGAGAGCUAAACUCGAUAAAUUGAAUAUGGAUAAGACCAGUUUAGUGGAGAAAGUUGGAGACGAGACGAAAGUGAAGAUGGAGUUGGCAGAGUUCCACAAGCACAUAUCUCAAACGAACGGAGCUAUAGAAGUAUUAAAAAAACAGAAACUGGAAUUACAACAUGACAUUGAAAUGAACAUCAAUCCCCACAUCAGAUUAUGUCAGAAUAGGAUACGUAACUUAGAGGAUGUGAAUAUCAAGCGCUUGGAGACGUUGCGCGCGUACAGCGAGGACUGCUACAACGCGGUGCUGUGGCUCAGGGAGAACAGGCACCUGUUCCAACACGACGUGCACGAACCCAUGAUGUUAGAAAUCAAUUUCACCGAUCCGAAGUUCGCUCGCUAUUUAGAGUCCACUGUCGCCGGUAGAGACCUCGUCGCUUUCACCUUCGAAUCCAGUCAGGACAUGAAUUUAUUCCUUCAAAAAGUAAGACAGGAGAAGGGUCUGAAGAGAGUGAACGCAUUGUGUAGCCAAGGAGGGUCUUUCGAGUUACCGGAAAGAAAUAUACAGCAGUUGAGCUACCUAGGCUUCUACACGUACCUGGUGGACACGAUAUCGGCUCCGGACGCGAUAGUGCGGUACUUGUGCAAGACAUACAAAAUACACGCCAUCCCCAUCGGCAACGACCACACGUACAACAACAGCGGGAACGUGCCGGCUAAUAUCACAUUGUUUUUUACUGAGAACCACCGGUUCCAAGUGCGCGUGUCGGCCUACAGCGGCGAGAAGUCCAGCUCCACGAUAGAGAUCAGACAGCCCAAGUUGAUGGCCAACACUGUAGAUGCUGAACAAGUCGACAAGCUCAAAGCUGAGUCUGUCUUGAAACAAUAUCUACCUAUGAAGCCCAUAAAGAGGGGGUACAAGUUGUGGUGUCUUGCUGACCAGAGGGGCUAUAUAAAGAAGUUUCAAAUUUACCAAGGGAAAGACGAAGAACUGAACUCAAAAUUUACCGGCUAUGGCUUGGGAGAGAAAGUAGUUUUGGAGUUAACGGAACAAGACUGGGGUAAAGGGAAGGUAGUUUACUUUGAUAAUUUUUUCUCGUCUGUUGCUUUGCUUGAAAAACUGAAAACUGAAAACACCUACGCAUGUGGAACUAUCCGAAGUAAUAGAAAAGGACUGCCCGGAAAUAUGCUCUCUGAUUCUCAAAUGAAAAGGGGCAACAGUGAUUAUCGAUUUUCAAGUUUAGACAUUGGAUACUGGAAAUGGAAGGAUAACAAAGUAGUUCAUUUAGUGUCUAAUUUUCAUGGGAACCAAGAGGCAACUGUGUCACGUAAAGAAAAAAAUGGAUCCAAGUCUGCCAUCAUAUGCCCUAUGGCUGUCAAAGAUUACAAUAGUUAUAUGGGCGGCGUAGAUACAGCUGAUCGUUUGAGAGCCCUUUACUGUAUAGAUCGCAAAUCUCCGAAAUGGUGGCACAGGAAAAUGAAGUAUGAGAGAGCUGCCCAAAAUAAGACAAGCAAGAUGAACGAUCUUGAUUCUAAACUUUCAAGGCUGGAGAGCAAUCUCAAUGAGCUUAAUAUGCAAAGGAAAGGCAUUAGCGAAGGAGUAGAGAAGGUGCGAACCAUAUCAGCUCAAAUCCGAAUCCAAGCAAAGAAAGUCCAAGAUAUCGAAAAUGAGCCGACGUUCGAUAUACAGCAGGCAAAAGAGACGAGCAAGAGAAAACAGAAGGAGUGCGUCACGAAACAGUGCAAGUUGCAGGUGGAACUGAAAGGGAUCAUCGGUGACCUGCACUCGGAGAUACUUAAUGGGGAUGUUCUGAAGUUGAAAUUGAACUUGAGCAGGAACUCCAUAGUGGAGCAGGAGACACAACUGCGGGAGCUCACGAGUGAUCUGAAGAGAGUAGAGGCGACAUUACAAAACAUAGAAGCCCUGCUCGUUCGAGCUAAAUCGGCCGCUAAGGAGAAACUCAUAGAAGCGAAGAGAAGUUCAGACAACAAGCUGCCGGGCGAGGAGGGCUUCCCCUACAGCGAGCAGUUCGAGCUGCUGCCCAACGACGUCACCGCCCUGCAGGAGCGCUGCUACGAGCUGCAGACCAGCAUCGACUGCAUGGACCACGGGGACGACAAUGUUAUCAAAGAGUACGAAGAUCGAGAGAGGGAUAUCAACAGGUUGCAGACCGAAGUCGAAACGUCCAGCGACCGAAACAAGCUCCUCGAGACUCAGAUGGAGAAUAUCAAAUCACGUUGGUUGCCGCCCUUAGAGGCGUUGUUGCGCGACAUCGACAAGAGCUUCGGGGACAUGUUCGCCAAGGUGGGGUGCGCUGGUGAGAUCAAACUUGAAAAAGGCGGUAGCGAGGAGGACUUCGACAAGUACGGGAUAUUGAUCCUGGUGCGGUUCCGUGCGGACGAGCAGCUGGCGCCGCUCACGCGCCACGCGCAGUCCGGCGGCGAGCGCGCGCUCUCCACCGCGCUCUACCUGCUCGCGCUGCAGCGCCAGGCCACCGUGCCCUUCAGAUGUGUGGACGAGAUAAACCAAGGCAUGGAUCCUAUCAACGAACGCAAGAUGUUCGAGUUGCUCGUCAAAGUGAUCACGGAAUGUGACAACUCGCAAUACUUCUUAUUGACACCGAAGCUCUUAACCAACUUGGAAUACAACGACAAAAUAAUGGUUCACACGAUAAUGAACGGCCAGAAGAUCAUGGACAAUAAGAAGUGGAACCACAUCAUGUUCAUUGAGAAGGCAAACGUUUACAGAGCGUCCACGAGUUGA